AUGGAUUCCCGGCAACUCGAUAAGCAGCCCCAACAAAAGCGCCAACGUGGCCGACCGCGCAAGAACCCCUUAACUUCACCAUUAAGACCCGAGAAUGGUCAGAGAUCAACAAAUACGCCGUCAUCAGCACCAGAACAUGGCUUCUCUACCAGUAUAGAGCUGAAACGCAAACGAGGACGCUCACGUAAGAGUGGCGACUCUCCACCUCCAAAAGCGGGAGAAACUUUUACCAAACCUACCACACCAGCUUCAACAUCAAACAAAGAAGGCUCCAAAGAACGUCCAAUUCGAACCUUCCACAAUGUGCCCAAGGGCUCAUUCAGUGGGCUCAGGAGCUCGGACCGGACAAGCUUUACGUUGCGGGAGAUUAAGAAAAUUCAGGGCGAUCCGGAGGAGCCUGUUUAUCUUACGGACGACGAUGAAGAAUUUGAUGACACUACUGAUGUUGAGGAAGGCGGCUUUGAUGAAGCUAUGAAACGCAGCAAAAGGGUUGCUGAUGCCAAAACCGCACGAAAAGAGGCUUCAGAGGAGUUAUAUAAGUCUCUAUAG